AUGACGAGUCUGGAAUCUCUUGGGCUGGGGUUCGCGUCAUUGUCGGGGACGAUCCCGUCGGAAUUGGGCAACCUUCAGCAGCUCGAGACCUCGGAAUUGAGAGACAACGAUCUUUCCGGCACACUUCCCUCCGACCUCUCGAGAUUGCACAAGUUGAACACGCUUGAUGUAUUGGGCAACAGGCAAAUGAAUGGGACGGUUCCAACAAACAUUUGGAAGCUAUCCACUUUGGAAUUCUUGUAUUUGGCGCUCACUGGUGUGAGCGGAACGAUACCAAUGGACAUUGCAGACACCCUGCCCAAUCUAUCAUGGUUCCAAAUCGAUGAAUCGUUGCUCACAGGAACUAUUCCACCGUCGCUCGCCGACCUGAGGCAUUUAAAGACACUGAUCUUAAAAGGCACCCACUUGACGGGUCCGAUUCCCAAUAGCCUUUGGACAGCAGACGCCCUGGAGUUGUUCUCUCUGGGAGUCAUGGUCCACGGGCACAUUCCAUCCAAUGAUGAUACCGAAUUGACUGUGCUUCCAAAUCUACGACGCUUGCAUAUCGAGAGUCCCACUGUUACAGGGAGAAUUCCACAGACACUCUGUGGAAUAGAAACCUUGCUGUUUCUUUGUUCGAAAACACUUUGUGGGUGUGAGCAGUGA